AUGGGUAAGGUUCACGGAUCUCUCGCUCGUGCCGGUAAGGUCAAGAGUGCCACCCCCAAGGUCGACAAGCAGGAGAAGCAGAAGUCCCCUAAGGGCCGUGCCCGCAAGCGUCUCAUCUACACCCGCCGUUUCGUCAACGUUACCCUGACCGGUGGCAAGCGCAAGAUGAACGCCAACCCCACCCAGUAA